GCAUGCGCAUACGUUUCUACAUAGCAGGAAGCCUGUUUAAGAUCAAUGUGUACACAUAUUUGUUCUGUAAUUAGUACGCGCUGACUGGCUGCGUCUACUAGUGAAUUAGCAGUAAUGUUUCACUUACUAAGUUUAUUUUCCAUGUCAUCAGUAAGUGCAGAAAUCACAACAAACCAUUACGUAUAGUCAGUUCGGUAUAGGCCAUGUCGUUUAGGAAGGGCCUCAAGAGCGUGACACAAUCCAGAUUGGAACGAGAUUGCCGCUACUUACGACAGUAUGACACCCGCUGCAAUAUCGGCCUCGAAAAAGACGACCCGUAUGAUCGCUAUAAUUUGGUCGAAUCGUCAACUUCAGUUGCUACUGAAUCCUCAUCAUAUACUUCUCUGUGCACAGAGAACAACAGAGCCGUAUCUUCGUCAUCUCAAUCCAGGAGUGCUGUGGAUCGGGAAAGGUGUAAUAAGUCCAGAGACAGAGGAAAGGAUCACAGAAAGGAAGAAACCUUAGGAUCUGCUGCUUUGAGAGCUAGAAUGUUUAGCAAUAAAUGCCAUCGAUCCAGCAAUUUUCCGAGUUCUCAAUAUAAAAAAUUAAAUUCUGAAUCAAAUGAGUUCAGUGGUAAGUCAAACUAUUUAGAAGCAAAUGAUGAAAAUAUGAGUUCUGUUGGAAUGGACACUUUCACAGUAGAAAACAUAAGUUUUUCUCAGCCAAAGUCUUUCAAACAAAAUAAAGAAGUUGAUAAAAAUGAUACUCUAAAAAGGCAGAAAACUUUAGAAUUCCUUGAAAAGUUGUUGAAGAACUGUGACCCUGAAAUAGAAGAACAACUCAAAAAGCUAGUUAAAGAGAAAUUUGGAUUACAUAUGAAAAGUAGUCAUCAGAAAGAGGUUCUGUCAUCUAACCAAACUGUCAAUGGUAUUAUGGAAUUUCUGGAGCAACAAAGAAAUGAUUCUUUUCUGCCUUGUAACUCUUCUAGACUUCCCUCUUUGUCAGGCCGAAGUAAGAAUGAUUGGAGUAAACUAAGAGCUGAUAACAAUAGGAAUCUGAUAAAAUCUACUAAAGCAUUUCUUUCUAAAAAUAGAGUGACUGAAAGUACUCCUUCAUUUGUUUUGGGUGAAAGUAACUUGAAUGAAGACUCAGAUGAAGGUGCCUUCUUGCAUGGAGAGAACUGCUCAGAGAAUAAGUCAGCAAGGAACUGCACUACUAGCAAUAUUUUUGAGACCAAAUCUCACAAGGAUUUCUCUAAUAGUCCUCAGCAUGACAUGUGGGAUACCAUUCAUCAAGUUCUUAAUGAGCAAAAGUUAGAAAAUCAAUUUUGGCAAAAAGCAACAUCCAUAAAAAACAAUUUUGAAACAAAACUCCCUAAUUUUAUGGACAAAUCAAGCACAGAAGAUUCAACAAUUAAAAAUAUACUCAAGUCAAUUGGAUUUGAUACAGAAAUGUGCAAAAGAAUGCAAGAAUGUGCCAAACAGGUAUCUGGUAUAAAUGAUCAGUUGGGGUCUGAUAAAGAUAAACAAUUAACAAACAAGUUUAAACAUAGCCUGUCUCCUGAAAUAGAUAAAUGUGGUCUUAAAAGAGCAAAGAACAAAAUUCUGUCUUCUGAAAAGGCAUCCCAUAAAAUUCUUUUUAACAAAAAUUUCAUUGCAACUGUCCCACCUAUUGAUACAUCAGUUCCACCACCUGUUGCUAAUUUCUCAAACACAGUAACUCCCCUACCUCCCCCAGCACCCCCUCCCUUGUCAGUACUUCAUAGUAGACCACCUGUACAUUCUGUGUUACCAUCUGGCCUACCAACACCUAUUGCUCCUGCCAAUUAUACUCAUGUUCCAUCUCAACCUGCAAUAGCACCAUGUGGACCAUUUUUUGCUCAGCCUCAGACAUCUAACCUUUUCCCUCAACAGUACAAUUUUAGCAAUAUGUUUGAAAGAAAUACUUGCUACAACACUUCAAAGUCUAUUAUUCCUACCACUAUACCUUGUCCACCUGUACAUUCAAACUUAAAAGUUAUACCUCCCUCCACUGUUCCUACAUCAAAUUCUUCUAUACCAUCUGCCACAACUCCUUCAUCAUUACCUGGCUCUUCAUUAUGCAGGGAUAACUCACCCAAAACAGAUAGCUGGCUGUCUAAUAAUGAAAGGUCUUCCCAAUGGAAUUUACUUUCUCCAUCUCACAGAGAUAGAUCUCCUACAACAUCAUUCCGAAAUAGGUCUCUUACACCCUGUUCAUCAAGGCAAACGUCUUACACAUUAAGAUGUGAAAGGUCUCAGGUUUCUAGCUCAUCAAAGGAAGACAAGUCACAUAGUCCACUUUCUUCAAGGUUGGGUAGGUCACGAACACCUAGUUCUUUGAGGCGAGAUAAAUCACGAGAGAGAUCACUGACACCUUCAAAAUCAAGACGGAAAAAGUCACGAAAUCAAAAUAAACAAGAUAGAUCUAGAACACCUUAUUCUUCAAGAAGAAGCCACUCAAGAUCACCAUGUUCUCUGAAAAGAGAUAGGCCAAGAUCUGUUUCUGGCAGAGGUUCAAGAUAUUCUAAGUCUAGACACAGUCGGUCACCAAGUAAACCAUGCAAUUUUCACUCCAAAAGAUCAAAGUUACUGCAUCCUGUGGAUGAAAGAUUUGCUUCUGAAUAUGAAUAUUCACCAUCUCCUCCACUUCAAAAGAGAACUGCUAUACAGUGUAAUGGUUCGACUGAAGGCAAAAAUAAUGCCAGUUCACUGAAAGUGCAGGAUGUAAAAGAAAUUUUUGCCCUAAAAUCUAAAAAUUUGAAUGCUUCUACAAACAAUUCCAACAGAAAGUAUUCUUGUUUUCUACCACAUGAAAUUGAGCAGAUAAUAAAACAAAGGAUUUUGUGCAACAGCCGUCUUGAAAUAUUGCAGAAUGAACUAGCAAUGCUUCGCAAACAACAAAAUGAAUUGAUGCGCAAGAAACAGCGUGAAAAAGAUGGUCAUAAGGAUCCUCUUUUGACUGAAAAUGCUGCUUUACAGGAAGAAGUUAGCAAUCAAGUUAAACUGCUGAAAAAGACCAUGGAAGAACUUACUGAAACUUUGGAAAUAUCAGGAAUGUCUAUGGAGUCUUUUACUUACCAUGAAAAAUUUUAUCAGUAUUCUAAAAAAUCUUCUUUAUCUGAUCAAUUUGGAUUUAAAAGCAAAAGUCAUGAAACUAGAGCUAAUGAAAAAAACAGAAAAACAAAUAAAUUCCAUUCACAUGAGUUUGACAAAACUGCUUCUAUACAAAAGGAGAUGUCUUGUGAACAUUUCUCUUCUCGAGAUAAUAAACCUUUACUACCUUUGGAGAUAAAAUCUUUUGCAAAAGGAAGUCAGUCCAGUGAUAAAGAUAAGUUCUCAUGGAAUAAAAGGAUGGAUGAUAGCCAGCUGUGUGAGGACAAAGAUAAGAGAACUUCUUCAUUCCCAUUAAAGUGGUCAGCAUAUUCUUCUGAAAACUUCUUGCAUAAUUUGCAUGGAAACAAGGAUAUGGCUGCUGACAAUGAUGAGACCAGGCCUAAUAAAGCUAAAGUGAGUUACGAAUAUUUUGACCCUGGAAAUCAUUGGUGUCGUCAUUGUAAUUUGGUAACUGGAAACAUCUAUGAGCUAUUUCACCAUCUUCAGUCAAAAAAGCAUAAAGCGAAACUUGAUCACUAUGACCGUCCUUGGUUACCUGAAUCCAUAAAGAAUCCUAGUAAUAAACCAAAGAUGGGACAAGUCCAGAUGGCACCUAUUAAAGGUGUGGAGUUUCUCAUGUCAACUCAUGCUUUUUAUUGCACUUUGUGUAAAGAAUUUUCUGGUGAUGUUCUCUGUGCUGAAGCUCACUUAAAAAGUGACAGUCAUAAUACAACUUAUCAGAAACACAUUCAAGAAAAUCCAUAUUAUGAAAAGCGGUUAAACCUUGAUAAAGCAGCAGGUCUUCAGUUUUUCACUUCUGAUAAAGGAGAAAAAAGGAAAAACACUGAAGACAGUGAAAUGGAAGAAAGGAAAGAUAGUUUUAAAAAAAUUCAACAUGAUUCUAAAGAAAAAUUUUUAGAAGUGAAUAAAGAGACAGAAGCUUCGUCAAAGGAUUUAAUAAAAGAUACAAAGACUGACUCUGAAAUAUCAGCUGAAAUUUUUUCUGAAGAAAUUCAGAAAGAAAACUUUGAAAAUAACAGUAAUAAGAAAGCUGGAGUAUCUUCCAGUUGUGAAAAUAAACAAAAGAACGAACAAGAUGAGACGAAAGUAACAGUUUUGGAGGCAAGUUCUGCAAAAAACAAAAUUUUGGAUCAAGCAAAAUCAUCUGUUCAAAGGUCAAAGAUCGCAAUUAAGCUUACUGGUAAAACAGUCAUAAAGCCACUUCAGUAUCCUGUGUUACCACCUUCAAUACCUGUUGGUAAAAUGCCUGGUCGACACAAAAAGCGAAGUGUUAAAGCUGGUUUUGGUAAGAAAGUAUGGCCAGUCAAGGAAAUUGAAAACCAAUUAUCACUUGAUGACUUCUUGACAUGUUCAAAUAACCAUGGUAGUGUCCCAGUCGUUUCAGAUAUAGAAACUGAUGAAGAAAGGACUGAUAUUAAAAUAACAAAUAUUAACACUUCUAGACAAUCAGCUGAUACUUCGAUUCUACAGGAAUCUAUUGAUAAUACUGAAAAUAAGAAAUCUUCUCAGAAAUCCUUGCCAGAAUCUUACACAUCUACAACUUCUGUCUCUGUUACCCAAAUGUCUAGUAACUGUCUUCUCCCAAUUGAUGUUUUAGCAACAGCACCUCCCCCACCUCCCCCACCAGUAAAUGCUUAUAAGAAUUCAAGUAAUGUAUUUGGGGAUACUGAAAAUUCUGAUGUGUAUACUUUUCCAGCAGUUGACCAAAAAUCAAUUAAUAUACAUGAAUUAAACAAAUGGAGUGAAGCUAAGAUUAUUUCUGAAAGUAAAAAAGGAGCAAGAACUUUGUUGAACCAACAAGAAUAUGAAACACAAAUGGCAGUAUCUACUGGUGUCAGUACCAAAUCUGAAGAGUUUUCAGCAGAAGAUCUUGAUGAUAUGAGACUCCUAGGUAUUGAUCCUGCUUCUCAGGUUCCUAUGGCAGAAGUGCGCCCACCACCUUCACUUCUCUCUUUAACAGCACAUAACAUGACUAAUGGGGAUCAUAAAGUUAAGAGUAAACCCAUCAAAGACAAAAACUGUGUGGGCAAUAGUCACAAUGUUUCUUUUGUAGAUAAUAGUACCAUAUGUGAAAAAGAUGGAAAACAACUAGAAUCUGAAUGUUUGGUUUCUUUUGAUGAAAACAAAGAGCAAUCUCCUGAUGAACCUUCUCAAGUUUGUUCAGAGACUGGGCAACAUACUUUUGAAGACAAGUCAGGACAUGAUCAAGCAAAUCUUCAGUUUUUCACCUCUGACCAAAGACAAAGAAAAGAAAACAAUAAAGACAGUGAUAAUAAAGAAAAGAAGAAUAACUGUAAGAAAAUUCAAUUUGAUUCUAAAGAAAAAUUUUUAGAAGAGAAUAAAGUGACAACGGUGUUGUUAAAAGAUUUGAUAAAAGAUACAAAGACUAACUCUGAAACAUCAACUGAAAUUUCUGAAGAAAUUCAGAAAGCAAACUUUGAAAAUAACAGUGAUAAGAAGGCUGGAGUAUCUCCAGUUUGUGAAGAGAAAAUGAAUGACACAAAAGUAACAGUUAUAGCGGAGAGUUUUGUUAAAGACAAGAUUUUGGAUCAAGCAAAACCAACCAUUCAAAGGUCAAAGAUUACAAUUAAACUUACUGGUAAAACAGGCAUAAAGCCACUUCAGUAUCCUGUGUUGUCACCUUGGAUGUCUACAAGUAAAAUGCCUGAUCCAAAUAAUGCCCAAUCAGCUAAAGUAAAUUCUGACAAGAAAAUGUGCUCAACUAAAGAAAUUGAAAGCCAAUUAUCUCUUGAUGACUUCUUGACAUGUUCAAACAAUCAUGGUAGUGACCCAGUUGCUUCAGAUAUAGAGACUGAAGAAGAAAAAACUAACAUUAAAAUAUCUAAUCUGAACACUUGUAGACGAUCAGCUGAUACUUCCAUUCUACAAGAAUCUAUUGAUAAUAGUGAAAAUAAAAAAUCUCAGGAAUUCUUACCAGAUUCACACAUGUCUACAACAAUGCCUGUCUCUGUUUCCCAAGUGUCUGGUAGCUGUCUUCUUCCGAUCAGUGUUUUAGCAACAACACCUUUCCCCACUUCCCCACCUGAAAGGAAUUCCAGUAAUGUUUUUGAGGGUACUGAAAGCUCUGAUUUGUGUAUUUCUCUAGCAGUUGACCAAAAAUCAAGUAAUGUGCACGAAUCAAAUAAAGAGAGUGAAACUAAGGUUAUUUCUGAAAGCAAAAAUGGAGCAAGAACUUUGUUGAGCCAACAUAAAGGUACAAUACAGGUGCCAGUAUCCACUGGUGUCAAGUUCUUCACAAGAGAUCUUGAUAAGAGGCUCCUAGGGGUUGAUUCUACUUCUCAGGUUUCUAUGGGAAAAAUAAACCAUUCUUCUCCAUCUGUUUUCCAGAUUACAGAGACUAGUGAUGCUAGUUUAUAUCAGACUGAUAAAGAAAACAUCACUUUGCAUUCUUCUGUCACUCUUGAAGGAAAUCCAAGCAAUGGCAGUCCCCCUAUUAUCCAAGAGACAUCUCUGCUUGUAAACAAAGAACAUUUCUCAAAAAUAUGCAGUAAUAAUGUCUCUGACCCUUUAGCAAGCAGUACUUCUACCUUAUUUGAUGAGAUAAACUCUAAAAGUUGUUAUAGCAUCUCUGCUUUACAUUCUGAAUUGUCAUCUGUUCCUAGCAAACUCCAGUUGUCUGAUAACUUUGAACUGCCAAGAAAAAAUUCUGUUAUGGUGACAGCACCUUCAAACCUCUCUGCAAUCAACACAGGGGAAAUAAAAUCUGAUCAUUCUGCUAUCUCUUCAGAAUCAGAUGCAAAAAACAAUUGUAUGGAAAAGAAGGACAGUUGUUCUUUGGUAACAUUGUUAAGCAAUAGUGCUAGGUCUGAUAUGAGAACAGUUGAUUCCAGUACAGUUGAGCAAAAUAUUUCUUUGAUUCCUUUACCAACUUCUAUGAGCAGUUCUUUAGCUAAUAUAUGGGAUAUUCCUCUCCCUUCUAAUCUACAAUCUGAGUGUCAACCCCCAUCCCAUGGUGUAUUAAUUCGAGAAUCUGAACACAAUUAUGCUAUCAGACUUAUGGAAAAUUCAGAUGGUGUUUUGCACCCUAUGAAAAGAGUUCCAUUGCAACAUGAUGAUAAAAAUGUUGAUAGUGAUGAUAGCAACAACGAUAUAAGUAAUAACAGCUGGAAAGCACAAUCUUUUGUGGCCCAAGCAUAUUUAUCACAUAGCCAGUCUGAUGAUGACGGAGAGACAAGUCAACUGAGUAUCUCAUCAGAAAAUGACUCUAACAAUUCUCUUCCCCAGCAGUGUUCUCAGUCUUCAGAGAGUAAUGAUACCAUUUCUCCACCAGUUCUAGAAGCAGAAGGAAGACAAAGCUGUCUAAUUCCAAAUGAGGAUUUAAGCAACAAUGACUCACCUCCGCCCCUUACUGCUGAAGUACCCUGUCUCUCACCUAGUGUCUCACUGCCAUGUUCCACAUCAUCUGUGAUACCAGUAACUCUGAUUUGCAAUCCACCUUGUGAGAGUAAAACUUUACUUACUACACCAAACACAUUGUCUAUUGACAACACAUCAUUGCUGAAUAACAUGUCAAUUCUUAACUUAGAUUCAGUUAUUAGGAGUCAAGCUAAGACAUAUUCUUCUAAUGACAGGAAUGUAAAAAGUAUUAAAAAAGUGGUUCUUUUGAAAAAGCCAGUGCAAAAUAUUCCUUCUCGCCAUCUACGUACAUCCCGAAAAUCUCGAUCAAAACAAAAUGAUGUGAAACUUUUAAAAGUAGAUAAGGUAGAUCAAGAAAAAAUCAUUGUAAAAGUUACAUCACGCACAUCAGAAGGUGUACCUGUGAUAAGCCUGACACCAGCAACAUCAACAGCAAGUUAUACCACAUCAGAUCUCUCAUCUUCAUCAGUUGCAACUACUUCAUCUUGUGGUUCAAACUUUACAGAAAUCUCUGAAACUGAAACUGCUGAUAGCUCAUUACUAGAAGCAGCUGCUAAAAAGGCAGAAACACUACCCAAAAUGUUCAUGCCUACAGUAGUCCUUCAUGAUAUUAAAUACACAAUGGGUAAGGAUUUAUCUCCAAUGGCAACUAUUCCUUCAUCUAUAGAGAACAUUCCAAUCUUUGAUUCUGAAAAUGAUGAUUCUGACAGUGAUGUAAAAUUUGAAUCACCAAAGAAGUCGUUUGAGUCACAACGCCAGCUUGAAAUUGAGUCACCUUCAAAAACUGCAGAAACAUUUGAUCCAUACAUGUUUCUGAACAGACCUACAAAACCUUCUAUACCGUCCUCUAGCUAUAACACACAGUUGACAAAUGAGAGCUCUACUUUAUUUAGCAUAGGUCCUUGUGGUACUAGUGCUACUGGAAGAGUGACUGCAGAUUCACUUCCAUCUAUUGACAAUCAGUCAAUGAUAAGUAACAUGUUUGAUGUAACUGAUUGUAAGUUUGCUUUUCCUGAUGUUUUCUUAGAGAAUGGUGAGCCUGAAACACCUCCAAAAAUAUCAAAUGUUGAUGUACUAGGCCCUGGACUUCCUUUUGAAACAUCUAGUAAAAGCAAUAUUGCUCUUGGUUUGGAUAUCUUGAAUGAGUUUUAUACAGUUGAGGGAACUGAAGAUUCAGGUUAAUACUCUUAUCAGUGGGAUAGAUAAUCGGUGAUUAAAAUUUUUCUCUCAAACUUUUUGUCUGUAUAAGUCUAUUAUUAUAACCUCUUGCAAUAGAUAGUAUAUUAGGCACAGAUAAUUUUUUAUAUUAAGUUAUAAGAUAUUUUGUUCCUGCCUUUUGAUAUUGUUAUUAAUCAUCAUCAUCAUCAUCAAUAACAAUAACAUCGCGGUUGAUAUUCUAAAUAUUUUGUUCUUUUUUAGCUAGAAUCAUCAGAUUCCAUUAUAAAAAUAUUUUUGUUGCAAAUAUGUUAGAAAAUUAUUCUUUGGUUCUACUACAUUGAACUCAUGAAUUUUAUCACAGUUUUUCCUAUAUUUCUGAGAGAAAAUACUGCUUGUUUUUAAAGUGAUUAACUGCCUUAACUACACUUCUUUCAUCAACUUCAAGCCCUGGGUGCUAGGUUAUUUUGUAGCCAGGAUGGUAACCCUAAAAACUUAUGCUUCCCUAGGAUUAAACUAUCAGCUCUUUGGGGAUUGGUUUUAGUAUGUGUAAUUUGCUGAGAGACAUCUUGAAUAGUUGGUAGGGGAUUGCCAUAUAUUAAUCUUGUUCACUCAGAAAUAAGAAAAAGUUGUGAACAACAAGUUAGGUUGGAAUGUACAGUAGGUUGUCUAAAAGGCAGGUUAUAUAAGAAAUAUAUGAAAAGUUUAAUGUAAAAGAAAUCUUACUGGUGAAGUAAUUAAUUCCUGAAAGAUUACUGGUAGUAAUUAUGUUAUAAUUAUAUCCUCUUAGUUUAGUGAUUUGUAUUAACCAGACAUAUUGUAUACUAGUUAUUGAGGCUAACUAGAAAUUUUUAUGAGAGCCUUAUUAAACAAUGGAAGCAAUAAGAUAUGCAAUUCUUUAAACGAUUUGAGCAGUAAUGAAUAAUUACCUUUUUUAGGUUAAAAUAUUUUCUAAAUAUUGGUGAAAUUACACAUGGAGUUCUUCAAAAUUAUGUUUCAUCAGGUUUCUCCUUAACUGUCAGUAUUCACUUAAUUCUUGUUUUAUUCCUCAUUUUCUUCUUUUUGUUCUGUUACCUCCAUGAAACUGUUCAGCACAUGCAGAGGUUUUAGCCAGUAUCCAUAUAAUUGCUGUCAACUCAAAACUUCAACUUUACAUGAAGUAUUUAUUUAAGUAUGUAUCUAUUUGUCAUUAAUAACUGAUUAUCUUAAAAUUUAAAAAAAGGACUGAGAUACAAGUUUCAAUUUCCUUAACAAAUCAGUUACCAUUUUGUUGUUACCAAGAAUUGAGGCAAUACUCUACUGUACAAAAAAUGAUUUUUAACUCAAAACAUAAUAGCUAACAAAACAACUACUGGAUUUCCUAUUUCAUUGACGAAACCGAGUAGAUAAUUAUUUGAAAAACCAAUGAUACAACUUUCCAUCUACAAAACCUAUAUGUAUAUACACUGAAAUAUAGAUAUUUUUUUGUCUGUACAAAAUCAUGAAUUAAAAGCAAUCACCAAAUCUUCUUUAA